AUGCCUUUCUGCUCAAAGCACCAAGUAACAGGGGCAGCUGAUAUUUUCCAGACUUUUGCCUACAGGCACCAUCUGUCCCACAGGAAAGCAGAUCUGAUCCUGCAUGAACAUGAGCCUGUCAGAAGAGCCUUGGCCAAGUGGAAUAUUAUGGCUGUCCUUGAAUAUUUGCCACUUCCAGAAUUUUUGAGUAUUACACCAGACAAUUCAUGGACUGUCAUUGACCCAUCAGACAAACGUGCUGAAGUAGAUGGAAAAUAUCAUACACCUGCAGGACAUACUCUUUCAAUCAUUAUCUACUUGGAAGGGGAACACGGGCUUCCCGCGGCCGCGGAAAAUAACCCUGAGGAGCAGCACCAACAUCCUCACUGCGCACCGCAGCGCAGACCAGGGCGGGUUUGGCCCCUGCGAGCGGCCACUGGCCCCGACACGUCACCUUCCCAGAAUACCCAGGGGCGAGCCGGCCGCGCUGAAAUGAUGGCGUAUUUCCUGCAAGCUGCUGCAAUAGUGGGACGACCUACCCAUGAGAACACGUCUCUUGCAAAGGAUCUCCUUCAUCCCUCUCCAGAAGAGGAGAAGAGGAAACACAAGAAGAAACGCCUGGUGCAGAGCCCCAAUUCCUACUUCCUGGAUGUGAAAUCCCCAGGAUGCUAUAAAAUCACCACGGUCCUUAGCCAUGCACAAAUGGUAGUUUUGUAUGUUGGCUGCUGCACUGUCCUCUGCCAGCCUACAGGAGGAAAAGCAAGGCUUACAGAAGGAUGUUCCUUUAGGAGGAAGCAGCACUAAAAGCACUCUGAAUCAAGAUUAGUGAGAAAGCAUCUCAAUAAACACAUUUU